AUGGCGGCUGCGGGAAGAUGUGAGUCAUUUUGGAAUCCAGACAAACUAAAGUAUGAGAUAAGUGAACAGCCACUUUCCGCAUUCAUGGAACUCACCUCAUUCGAACAUGACAAACAAGUCAGGGAUUUGGAAGAAGACUUUGGAAAAUGCGUUCGUGCGCCAAGUUUCUUUUGGAAACAGUUCAGCGAUCCCACCGCCAACGUUUCUGUCGGUGUAGAGACUUGGACAAGGCCCGCGGACUUUGUUAAAACCGCCGUCCUGAAUACAAUCGAACAAGAAGAGGAAUUCAAUGUUGAUGCUCUGGAAGAUGCGUCUUUCAGCAUCACGGAUGACUUCUUCUUAGGGCAACCCGAAAAUAUCCUACUCACCUUUGACCUGGAGAACAAGAAACCGGCAGAAACGACCAAGCCAGAAGACUUCAGUUUAUCCACGCAGGUCUUCAGUCUGCUUGCCGGCCUCCAACUUCAAGGACUCAGUCUGGCGGGACUGCGGACCGGCUGGACGGAGAGUGGCACCGAACCGAAACUCGCCCUGAUAGUCCACGGUCCAAGGGGUCGCCAGUUGGCUCGAGACGUCUACCUGCGUCUCAGUCAUCCGGGCUUCUUCCCCAGCCCUGCCAAGAUGCAAAAUCCGGUAGUGCAGCCCGGCAGAAUGCACCUUCUAACAAGUGGCUUUAAGGACAUUGAUAUUGUCGAUUUGACAAAUUGGUUCGGACCGAGGAUACUCCUGACAAAACUCGAACGCGGCUGGAAAUCAGUUGCAAUGAACCCACAUUCAUGGCUUUCGGUAACCAGAUCAAGCGACAUUGUGCUUUUCACUGCUUCCACCGUCGGAAGUGUUGGCUGGGUGGCAAACACUGCAUUUACUCGAAGAGGCUACCGGUUGAUCGGCAUCGCCCAGAUCUCCGUGGAGAACAUGAAUUCUGAAGAAGCCAACCAACUUUCGCGUAAUCUUCAAGGUUUCAUUGGAUCGGACGGAGCAGAACGAAUAAUGCAAUUUGCCAAACCAAAAACGAAUGUCUUGAUUCUACGGCGUGAAGAAGCCUAUCGUCACCUGGGUCGUUUUCCCUCUGUGGAGGAACUGUUUUUCGCAACGGUUUACGCCUCGGAUUUUGUAAAGUUGGUUGGAGCUCGAACAUUUUUAUCGCUUCCAGAUCUGGUUGAGGAUGAAGUUCUUUAUCCCAACGCGUUACCGAGGAUAGUUCCAUAUCCAGACUGUCCCUCAUUGGGCUUUAUUGUCCUCUCUCCGGCCAUGACCCUCGAUCAAAUAGCCAAUGUAAACGCCGUCGAACUAAACGAGGGGGAAACUCAACUCAGCUUGGAGGACCAACAACUCUUACGCUUCUCUAAUCUCCUUGAUCGCCUCUUUACUCGACACGCAGACGAAAAUCCGGAGAGCAUGCUCGAUCUGACCUGUGUUGCCGUCAAGUGGCUUCGAGCCGAUCAGAUGACUGAUGAGCACUGGCUCCUAAUGCGCCGAGUGCUUAAACAGCAGAAACUCCCGGCAGCGCCACCGACGAGUCCGAACAUUCUAUGCCAGAGUGUCGGUGUUCUCCUCGUACAGGGAGCUUUUGUUGAGCAGCGCAUACAGAGGGCUGCAAAGAGCCUGAAAAUAAACAUUGCCCAAACUACCAAUCUGUCAGAAGUUGUCAUCGACGACGGAGUCAAGGCAAUGGCCAGUAGUUUGUGGGAGCAAAACUUUCAUCUGGUUUUGAAGACAGUGGCAAGACCAGCCUUCUUCUUUGCGAAUGAGCUGCAUUUUGACAGCAAGAUGGACCCCCUAACAACCUCCAGUGAAGAAUCCGGCGGCGAUGCAGCUAAAUUCUUUGUUGACAAGACGGCCUACCAUCAGACUGAUUGCAAGCUGACUGCCGUGUCUAAUCACGAUUGGAAGGAGGAAGAGGCGCACGUUGCGUUCUCUCUUUCCAAAAUCAACCCCAGCCAGAAUCUGUUGUAUACUCUGCACAGUCUUCUAUUUACGCUUUUUAAGAUUGGAUUAAAAACCACGGAAAUGAAAACCCAGAGGAACGGUAAAAUUGUCAUCAAGGUUAUUCGACCUGGUGCUAAUCGGUGGCUCACCUACCUCAGAAAGACAGACAGGUCUUUGCGUACGAUGUCCAAGGAUUCACAGGCCGCUAAAACGAAGGACGAGGAUGAGGGAUACAUGCUCAGCGAAGACGAAGCUGACUUAUCACUGCUUCUCAAAGAACUGGAUGUUAAUAUUUCUUCUGAUCCAAUAAGCUCAGAAGCUGAUUAUGCUGAGCAGUAUGAAGAGAAGUCGAAGGUUGCUAUAAACCAGGCCCGCGGCGAUGUAGGUGGCAACGCAGACUCUGCAAGAGUCCUUCCGGACCUCUUUCGGAUCGUGAAAAACAAAGAACAGGAAGCUGAGUUCUUAGAAGACGUUGGAAUCGUCGUCUUCGCCGAACCAACUCGCAGUUUUACCAAAGAUGGCGAGACCGUUCUACCGUUUUUGGCUUUCCUUGAUUUCCUUCAGAAACAACGAUGCAACUUGGUAGCUGCAAAAUUGGCGUUCUUGGAAGAGCGUGAGAUCGCCUGCCUAAAUGCUGCGAGAAUACUGAACGAUCUUGAAUGCAGGGUACGUUUGGUUGCUUUAUAA